UUGCCUCCUUGAGUAUUGCGGUGAAAUGGCAUUGGGUAUGGGACGUAAACAAGGAGCUUAAUCUCCUUGGAGGAAUAUCACCUAAUGUGGAGAUGUGAUUUGCUACUACAAAGAAAUUCUUGCCAUUAUCGAAACAGCUGUGCAGUCAACGCAACCGUUUGAUGUAGCUUUGAUAGGAACUGAUGCAGUGCUGCAAUGUGAACCACAACAAUCAAAGGGGGACAGGGCCUGGACUGGUUUAGUCCAAGAAUAAUUUCCUGCUCUAAGAAGGCUGCCUUUCAAGUGGGGCUUUAUUUAGCACUGACAAUAUGGGCAAUACAGAAAGUAGAGCCUCUGGCGUCCCCAUGAGUGUGCUGCAUGCCGAGAUAGCAGCUCUAAAUCAAGGUGAGUCAUGUGAAAUGGAAAUACUUCCCUCUACAAAUAAAGAUGACUGUGAUGGGGAGUUUGAAUGUUUGGCUCUUCAACGAUUUAACAGAUGUCCAAAAAAGUCAGAGCACAACCAGUUUGUACCCAUACUCGAGCUUCGGCUGGAACAUUUGCCUAUUUCUGUCAGAUGCCCGACUGUCCUGAAGUUGAUCAAAGAUGUGGCCGUGAUCACAGUUCGGUUGAUUAUUUCCUACACUUCUAACGACAGGCCAAAACGGUUUCGCUGUGGGGGUGGCUUUCGUGUGGGUUCUGGUUAUGUAGACAGAAAAGGAUCUGUGAAUCAAUGGAGAGGUUCUCAUGUUGGGACAACUUUCAUCAUUCAAACAGCAGCUCAUGUGGUGUUCAAUAAUCGAGAGGCUGAGAAGACUACUGUCGAGUUUUUCUAUGAGGAUGACUAUGAUCGCUCUAGUGUUGUGAGGGCGAAGGGAGUGAGCGUGUUGCUGGUUAAUGAGAAAAAAGACUAUUGUCAACUGAUUUGCCAAGUUGAGAACUUGCAUAUGGGAGCCAAAGUGAUGCAAAGACUUAGCAAAGAUGAAGAUUACUCCUCUGAUAAUAGCCCGAUGCCUUCACGAAUAGAUCUUGCAUUUUGCAUUUCCCAUCCUCAUGGAACUGCCAAGAAAGUCUCCCUUGGAACCACAAAGCUAGUGAAGGUAAAAAAGCCAGUUUUCAAGAGUGCAGUAUUGAAGGCACUUCUCUACGGGUGUUGCCAUAUGUCAGGGUUUGAUGAAAAGAAAGUUAUGUAUUUCUACUUUACUGAAAUUAUUAAGCUGGAAAUAGGGGAUUUCUUUUCGCCCACAUUUGUUUCAGAGUUUGCUCUCCACAAGACAGCUGUCCUCACUCGUUUACAAAGUAAGGGAUUGAUCUGUCGACCAACAGACACCGAACAGGAACUGAUUCAGAGAGAGUUUGACGAACAGCUGUUGAUUUACAAAGUGCUUAUGGAGGCGCAAUUUAGGAGAACUUACGGCAGUCAAACUUUAAGCUCAGCGGAUAAAGAGGCAAAAAAGAUUGUGAUUCUGAAAGAAAUUGUUGGCAAUUUAGAAUCAAAACUAAAUGCCCCUGAUUCAGUUAUGGAAAUACAUAAGAACAUGUUUGAAGAAAUAAUGCUUGUAAUUACAGAGGUAAUGUAUGGGCAGCAAAUACCAGUGAAUUCUUGCACAACUGUUGAGUCAGCAACAUAUUCAGUGCCAACAUGCAGUGGCAGCUCAGGUGCUCAGGUCAAUGCUCUAGUGUUGAAUAGUUCAGGAUUCAAAUUCUUAUCUGCAACUCAUUCUUUUGGAGGUGCAAACCUUGAGAACAGAAGUGGGUUCGGAUCUUUUUUAUCCACAUGAGUUGGAGAAAGUGGAAGGGGGUGGGGGAGGGGGGGGGGAGAAGGCAUUCUAUCCAGAUAAAUAUUUUUACUUUUAGUAAGAGCUUUACGGCGCUUGCAACACAAUACGGUCUUAUCAGUCCAGUGCCAAAGAUUGGAGCUUUUACUUGAUAGUAACCUACAAAUAAAAGGUGGAGAUAUUAUGGGGAGAUAGAUGUUUAAUAGGAAAGAAAGAGCAAACCACACAUGAGUACCUACCAACCACCAACAGCUAAUACCACAAGUAAGCCUACAUGUGAACAUAGAUGUCUAUGUGUGCUUUUUCUACUACUAGUCGUGUUCCAACUAUGUGCAAGUGUCCUUGGUGCAAUCCCCAAUGCAACAGCAAGUAUAAAAAAAAAUUUUUUUUAACAAAAACAAAAGCUGUCCCCAACAAUACGAUAACAAUCGCACAAAUGCAACAGAUUUAGUUUUAAAAGAAAAAAAGAAAACAUGAGGACAAAGAAAAAAAAAGUGAUAACACAGCAAUCAAGGACAUGGAAUACAUUUUAUACAAAUUUUAUUACAAAUCUUUCAUCCAUGUUCAAAUAUUUAUGAAAAGUAGAAGAAGAAAAAAAGAAAAGUGUCAAGUUCUGCACCAUCUUAUAUCAAGUGUAACCAAUACUGAUAAUGACUUUUGCAUGGCAUAGAUUGUAUUGAGACAUAUUGUAACUCUUAUAUCUAAGAACAUGAAGUUUCGACUAAAAUUGAAGAAUUUGUAUAGAUCUAUAACUGUGAUGUGUAAAUAGAAUCAUGUUCACAUAAUAGUCGUUGCAAGACUUGAGAUUUCACACCAAAAAAACACACUAAAACCCACACGACUUUUCAUCUACUGAAAAUUCAUAUGUUAUGUCGGUUGUUCAAGAUCACAAAUGAUACUAAUAAUAAUUUUAAGCGAUAAUUACUAUUAGACUGGUAGCCUUUGGAGUCUUUCCUAGGAUAAACACUAUGUCAAACCAGAGCACUGCACUUAUUCAACACCAGUUAGUUUCUUUUUUCAUAUCUCGUGGCAUUGAUACAUUGGCUCCAUUACAUGAAUCGCAUUAUUUGAUUUGUACGCCUUUGCACAAACAUGUACAUGAAAGGGCAAGACAAAUCUCCCAGGAAGAUAAAUACAAAAGUGGGUUGUUAUACUUAUAUAUAUAUAAAUGUAUCUAAAAUAUUUUCAUUUAUUUACUACAUGUCUUCGCACAAAGUGUAAAAGAAUAAACCAGUGGUUUGCUUUUCUGUUUUCAGCCUUCAGUAAUGCAUGCUUUGCAACAAUAAAUCACUAUCCUAGAAUCGCAAAGUUCUAUCUGCUCAGUAUGCCUACCUAGUUUUGAGAAAUCUGACUUUAAAAGUUUGAGUCACAACACGUCAAGCUUUUUUUUAAUGCAGCUCUUUGAAUAUCUUGGUAAUAACUCCAAUAAUUUUAUGAUUUUGAAAGAGCAGAUGUGACUCAAAAGGACCAAAAUGUCAGAUGGAACUUUGUAAUUUAAAGGUAGCAAAAUUUCCUUUGGAGUCUACACCUCCCUGAUGUCUUAAAAACAACACAACAGUACCUUAAAAGGAUUCAUUUUAGGUUGCAGUUCAUGUGAAACCUGAAACUUUUGAAUAUUAGCAAGUUUGCCAUUAUCUUACAUUUUACAUGUAUUAUGAAUCUCAUAUUAUAUGAUGUAUACAUAUUAGGGUUUUUUUUUUAGAUGUCUCCAUUAUCACAUUGAAAAUAAUGCUUACUGGCACAUUAUUUUGUCCCCUGCAUGCAUAAUACUAGAUUUUGGAAGCACAGCUGGUGUACUUUAUUUGAUAAAGAUUUCACACUGAGUUCGCUGAAUGACUAAUAAAAGGCAACAUGGUGUCUACAUUAUCUGUUUAGAGCUGUCUAGUUUUUUCCAGAUAUCAAAGAGUUUAUUUAACUUAUUACCAUCAUUGAUCAAAGCAGAAUGUUAAGCCAUUCUGUAUCUCUUUAACUUCUUAUCAAGAAGUUAAGCUAUCAAGAAAAUUGUUCAAUCCCCCCUUCUAAUCUCAACCUACUGUAAAAAAUCUAUAAUGUUUCACCCAUCAAAUAUAGUAUAUCAUAGUCUAUACUAUUUUAUUACGCAUGGAAAAUGUUAUUGAUAUGUUGUGGGUUGUUUGUUUUUUUCAAGAACAAUUUCCUGCUUUUGUAGAAGUCUCUUGUCAUUGUAAAAUGUGUAUGCUUUAUGUGACGCGGGCCAGCAGUCUUAAACACUGAAUAAAAAAACGUACCUA